AUGUCCAAGGAGUGGCCUACUAUCACCAAGCUCGAGACGUUCAUCCCCAGCGCGACCGGGUCCGGCGGCGACUACCACCGCCAGGCCAACGAGCACUGGAUCGUCCAGGGAAACAUCUCGUGCCCGAUGCACAAAUACGACGAGUACCGCUCCUCGCGGACGUCGUGGGGUAUCGGCGUCCUCGGGUCCAUCUUCGUCAAGCUCACCGCGUCCGACGGGACCGUCGGAUACGCGACGGGUUUUGGCGGUCCGCCAGCGUGUUGGCUCAUUGAGGAGCAUUACAAGCGAUUCAUUCUGGGACAGGACCCGCGCGACACCAACAAGAUGUGGGACAUGAUGUUCCGUGCAAGCAUGUUCUACGGUCGCAAGGGCUUGCCUUUGGCUGCCAUCUCGGUUGUCGACCUCGCCAUCUGGGACUUGAUCGGUAAGAUCCGUGGCGAACCCAUCUACAAGAUGAUCGGCGGGCGCACCAAGAAGGAUAUUCCACUCUACCUCACUGGACCCAAACCGGCCGUCGCUAAGAAACUUGGGUUCUGGGGCGCCAAAGUGCCCCUUCCCCAUGGUCCGCCCGAUGGCCCCGAGGGGAUCCGGAAGAACGUCGCGUAUCUCAAGGCAGCAAAGGAGAGCGUGGGCGAGGAUUACCCCGUCAUGGUCGACUGCUACAUGUCCCUCGACGUGCCAUACACCAUCGAGCUCAUCAAGGCGUGUGAGGCUGCUGGCGUCUUCAUGAACUGGUGGGAAGAAUGUCUCCACCCCGACGACUUUGACGGACAUGCCGACCUCCACAAAGCACUCCCCCACAUUAAAUUCACGACGGGCGAACACGAGUACUCCAAGUACGGAUUCCGGAAACUGAUCGAGGGCCGCAACCUCGCCAUCAUCCAGCCCGACGUCAUGUGGCUCGGCGGCCUCACCGAACUCAUCAAGGUCGCCAACAUGGCCGCAGCUUACGACAUUCCCGUCAUUCCACACGGCUCGGGACCGUACUCGUUCCAGGCAAUUAUGAGUUUCCCCAACUCGGACUUUUGCGAGUAUAUUGCCAACAGCCCUGAUGGAGAGAGCAUCCACGCCUCGUUUGGCGACCUGUUCACCAACGAGCUCCUGCCUACCAACGGUCGCAUUGACCUCUCGGACGCGCCUGGGUGGGGUCUCGAGCUCAACCCCAACGCCAAACUUAUCCCUUACAGCACGUUCUUUGCGCCGGCAGCUGGAAUCGGGUCUGCUGGCGAGGACCGAACCGAGGAGGAGCAGGAAAAGUUCAAGGGCAAGGUCGCGAAUGGGCACUAG